UGCUGGUAGCAUCAGUUCACAUUGGUGCGCCUCAGUGAUCAGUUUAACGGUCGACAUGCUGCUACCUCGGUAAAACUAUGGAAUACGUUGACCAAAUAAAACCAGUUCAGAAGAUUAAAAACAACCCAUACCACAUAAAGCGUCCCAUGAACGCGUUCAUGGUCUGGUCGAGACUGCAAAGGAAGAAGAUAUCAAUGAUGAACCCGAAACUACACAAUUCUGAAAUCUCCAAGCGUCUGGGCUUGGAGUGGAAGAGUCUGGGUGAAGCAGAGAAGCGUCCCUACAUAGACGAGGCCAAGAGGCUAAGGCUGAAACACAUGCACGAUUAUCCAGACUACAAAUAUCGGCCCAGAAGAAAGAAUCGGUUAGAUGCGCCAUACGGAACACCAAUGUACACCAGGGAUUUUGUUGAAAUGGAACCUCGUCCAGAGCCCUACCCACCAAUAAGUUACCCUGACACCCAAUAUAUGUACAACAACAUGAUAUAUACCCCGAUAAGUCAACCAUCCUUUGUGCCAAUAAGAAAAGAUGAAAUACCCUUGGAUAUCAGGCCACUACCAUCAAUUGAGAGCAUCUCCCCGCGACCUUUCGUCGUCAACCAGCAGAUGAUGGUGAAAGCGUAUCAGAAUUUACACUAUGUUCCAGAAGAUGUGGCUAGGAUAUCGUAUUACCCGUUUAGUGUUCAGUAGAGGCAGUGAUAGUCAGAGCGCAAU